GUGAACAUAAAUUUAUUUUUAUGAACAUUUCAUGUUAAUGAGCCGCCGGUCGAUGAUUAAAUUCGUGUGAAACUUGUGUUCGCCGCGGUGGCAUUAAAAUUCAUCGGCGCAUUAAACAGCGGCAGCCGUGUGAAUUUCGAACCGGGCACCGUUUGAUUUAUUGACGAAAACAAAGUGAAUCGAUUAAUUGGAUUUUAAUUUUAUUACAAAUCACCGGAUAUUGUCGCAUAGAAACACUGCACAGUGUUAAACUAAAUGAUCAUUCGUUGAUGUUCGCUUUUCGAAUUGGAAAAAAUCAAUAUGUCAAUGAUGAAAAAAACAAACAAAGCCAACGAAAAUAGCCGGUGGAUACCUCUGUGUGUGAAAAAAAUGUAACCGAUGUUGACCUUUUCGAACGCGCCUCGGUACUAGCGCGGCCAGCUGACGCGCUGUUGCCAGCUCAGCCGCCGCACGGCGCCGGUAUACACCCUUAUCGCCUCUAACGCUGCGGGAUAGCGGCGAAAACGGCGUGCCAUUGUUAAGUAUAUAACGCACUUACGGCACUCUGCAUCCGCGCCGACGACACUUCCCGCGCGAAAAAUUCGAAAUGCUUUUUAUCAGUGGCGUUCGUGACGCGUCCGAUAGACGAAUAUUUGUAGUGAACGUGCAUAGUAUUUAAUUGACUUUCUACAAUUAGUGGAUUGUAGUUUCGAUAUUUUUUAUACUUUCGACAUUUUCAGCCGAUUCGCAUGUGAAAUAUUGAUUUGUUCGCAGUCGCUACGUGGACCGCGUCGUGGUGUGUCAAACCAAAGUGUCCAAAGUUAGAUUUUAGGCGAAUAGAUUAUUUAUAUUAUUGUGUUAUUAUAUUGAAAAGUAUUUAAUUAGUGAAUAUAUUUUAAUUGUUAUAAUUAAAAAAGUGAAGAAGGUGCAUACGUAUUGUACCGUAUUUUACAAAUUACUCGGAGUUGGUUUUUCAAACAAUUUUGAACCAUACGGAAUUUGAAUAAUUGCCACGUCACGACACAAAAGUGCCAGGAGUGCAUAAAUUAAAAGAAGAUUUCGAAAUUGGAACAUCAGUUUACUACUAGCGCGAGGCCCGAUGGCGCGGUGACAAAGUGGCCUACAUGCCGGUGGCGCUGGGCUCGCUCGGCGGCGAGGGCGAGUACCGCGACUACGGCCAUCACCUCUCGCCGCACCACCCCUCGCAUCCGCCGCAUAUACAGUACCAUGAGUACGCGCCGCCGCCGCCGCCGAUCUACCACCCGAUACCGGAUCCUUACUUCAGGCGGCACGCGCCAUAUUUCGGUCAGCCCGACUACAGAGUAUAUGAGCUCAACAAAAGACUACAACAGAGGACAGAGGACUCUGACAAUUUGUGGUGGGACGCCUUCGCGACGGAGUUUUUCGAGGACGACGCCACGUUAACGCUCGCCUUUUGUCUCGAAGAUGGACCCAAAAGAUACACAAUCGGCAGGACGUUGAUACCGCGCUACUUCCGCAGCAUAUACGAAGGCGGCGUGUCGGAGUUGUACUACACGAUGCGGCAGCCCAAGGAAUCGUUCCACAACACCAGCAUCACGCUGGACUGCGACCACUGCACGAUGGUCACGCACCACGGGAAACCCAUGUUCACAAAGGUGUGCACGGAGGGGCGGCUGAUCCUGGAGUUCACGUUCGACGACCUGAUGCGCAUCAAGUCGUGGCACAUGUCGGUGCGCGCGCACCGGGAGCUGAUCCCGCGGCAGGCGGUGCACCCGCCCGACCACGCCGCGCUCGACCAGCUCGCCAAGAACAUCACGCGCCAGGGCAUCACCAACUCCACGCUCAACUACCUCAGGUUGUGCGUGAUACUGGAGCCGAUGCAGGAGCUGAUGUCGCGGCACAAGGCGUACGCGCUGUCGCCGCGCGACUGUCUCAAGACGACGCUCUUCCAGAAGUGGCAGCGGAUGGUCGCGCCUCCUGAGUCGCAACGGCCGGCGAGCAAGCGGCGCAAGCGCAAGGGCAGCGCCGGCGCCAACGCCGCGCCCCCCGCGCCCGCCAAGAAGCGCUCCCCCGGACCCAACUUCAGCCUCGCCUCGCAGGACGUGAUGGUGGUGGGCGAGCCGUCGCUUAUGGGCGGCGAGUUCGGCGACGAGGACGAGCGGCUGAUCACGCGGCUCGAGAACACGCAGUACGAAGGCGACGGCGUGGAGUGGAGCGCGCCGCCGCCCGCCUCGCCCGCCAAGACGCCGCCCGGCACGCACUGACACCACUCUCCACAGAAUAUAUAAAUAAAUAAAUAUAGGCCUUUACGGAUAAAUUAUA